AUGAUUUUCUCGGCCUUGCUGCUCCUGUCUGUCGUUUCAACCGCGUUGGCUGUUGACAAGAACUUAAUCCCCACGUCCGCUUCCUCUACCUUCCCGUCAUGCGGUCUUUCAUGCUCCGAGCUCUACGCCGCUCAGGAUAGCUGUACCGCCAAUUCAGACUCUUCCACCUGGGUCUCCUGCUUCUGCCAGUCCUCAUUCGUUUCGAAUCUGAAAACAUCGGGCGCCGUCUGCUCUAACUGCGACACCUCUGAUCAAGCCCUGGUCUCUACGUGGUAUAGCAACUACUGCAGCUCGGGAGGAACCACCACCACCAGCACCACCUCUUCGUCCACCUCCACUGCUACUGCGGCCUCCAGCACGUCAAAGUCGUCUACACCUGCUACCAAUGAGAAUAAAUCCUGGUGGAGCACCCAUUACCAAUGGGUGAUUAUGCUGAUCGUCCUCGCUAUCGGAUUUAGCGUCAUCGCUGCGUUUGGAGUCUGGCUCAAGCGCCGCUACGACGCCAAGCGACCUGGUUUAUACCAUGGCGGUACUGCAGAGGCCAGCAGCAGCGGCGCCCUCGGCGGCGGAAACUCGGGUGUCCUUAGCCCUGUGCCUGUGGGAGGCUAUGCCUCUCCGGCACCGAACAAGUCGCGCAACUUCGGCGAAGACUCGGUUGCCAGCAGUUCACGUACUGAUAUUGCACCCAAAGGUGCCCUUGUACCGGGGAGUCGGACGCGGUUGCAAAAGACGGGUCAGACUCCGGCUGCAGAUGUGGAAAUUCGGCAGGUUUCACGUCAGUGA